GAAGACAUGACAAGGUAUUUUAGUUCACAGUUACUUUCUUUAAGGACAACAACAGGCUAUUAAGGUUGUAUGUAACAAGACCGGACCACAAAAGUCUAUCAGUCGCUAACAGCAAUAAUAUUAAUUACAACAUCGACAACGACGCACAAGACAACAUCGGCAGAUCGCCAUGUCGAUAUUAAUAGGAAUGGAGAGGAAGGAGAAGAAACGGAGUCUCAGCAUUGGCGCUCUCACCACUCUUGUGGAGACACGUCUUCAGGAUGGCCUCACAGAUGAUGAACAAGACUUUCACUCAGCUGCGGAAAUCGGUGAUCUGGAAACGGUCAGACGUCUUGUGGAAUCAGGUAAAGUGUCCAGUAUCUGCACCGAUUCUAUGGGCCGCACCUGUUUGCAUGUAGCCACGAUUGCCAAUGAUCCGGAAAUGGUUCGCUACUUGCUCGAUCUCUAUCCAGAGGACUUCACACAUUCUGCAUUUCUCUGUGCAGUAGAAAACGAUAGAGAGAAACUAUGUGACAUAUUUCUAACACUUCCAAUGUAUACACUUGACGAAGCAGAACCGAAAAUUCCGGAGAAAACCACAGAAUCAAGCAACGAGAAAUCAGAAACGGUGCGAAGGUUACUUCGUGAAGCUCUGAUAAUUGCAGCUACACAAAACAAUUUCUUGAUCGUCAAGAAGCUGAUGCUGCGUGGCAUCUUGUUGGACAUGCCACACGAAUACUUCUGCAUGUGUAAAACAUGCAGUGUGGCCAGGUCUGAAGAUUUUAUGAGAUUUACAAACGGUAGACUUGAUGCUUUUCGCGCCAUUGCUAGUCCAGCUUAUCUUGUUUUAACGGAGCGGGAUCCUAUUGUGGCGGCAUUUCACCUCAGCGAAAGAUUCCGGAAAAUGGCAGAGAUUGAAACAGAAUACAAGCAAGUCUACUACGAAUUGGAUUCCCAAGUACAAGGAUUUACUUUAGAUUUAUUAGCCGAGUGCCAAAGUUCGGAAGAGGUGCGCAUACUUCUUGGAGUUGAUCCCGGCGUGGAGAGACCCGACACGUUGCCUUUGAUUAACAUGGGCCUCGUCUAUCAACAAAAAAAGUUCCUUGCUCAUCACAAGUGCCAGAGUCAAGUCGCUCAAUUAUGGUAUUCUGGAGUUCCAAUCCUUAGAUACCUCAAUAACUUUAAGUACUUAGUAAUGAGCAUUCCAGUCGGUAUGAUUCUAAUACCCGUCUUGUCUAUGGUCUACAUAAUCACUGGAUAUGGAAAGGUAUUCAACUUUCUCAACACUCCAAUAACGCGCUUUUUAAGCUACACCACGUCCUAUUUUACAUUUCUUUUGUUGAUGGUUUCGUCAAAGCUGUCACUAAGCGACAACUGGGCCAGUAUUUCUUGCCGUGGUAUUGAUGUGACGAUGACAAUAUUUAUUAUAGUACUCUCAAUGUGGCUCAUAGGUCUCAUAUGGGAGGAAUGUAAGCAGAUAUUGGAAGCAGGUCCUCUGAAUUAUUUCUCAUCUUUAUGGAACAUAUUGGACUCGUUUAUGCUCAGUUUCUUACUCACAUCUUUCCUGGUUGAUGUGGUGGUGUCGUUUAGACUUCAACAUGUCUUUCAGAAUGAGAGAAAAAUAAAAAAUAUGUAUCGCAACAAAUCAGUUAUUCUGCCUGCUUGCGACUGGGAUUUGAACUCGGGAGAUUAUUGCAGCAAAACGCGUGACUACGAUAUUGUUGUCAGUUGGUCGCCAGUAUGGUCACCGGACCCAGAACUGGUAUCUGACGUUUGUUUCUCUCUUGGGAUCUUGCUUUCGGUUUGUCGAAUUGCAUUCUUGAUGCCUUGUAAUGAGACUUUCGGAACUAUGUUGGUAUCUUUUUACCGGACACUCAUGGACUUGUUCAAGCUUUGUGGCAUGUUCGCUCUUGUCCUGAUCGCCUUUACAUGCAGCAUUGCUGCCCUUUACAGCGCCCUUAAAUGCAACACAGAAUCAUUCAGCAGCGUCGCUAACACCAUCGUCUACUUAAUGUGGGGUACAUUUGGAAUGAGUGAUUCAAAUGCUCCUGAUCUUGAUCUCAAUGGACAACCAAUGCAUUCGCUGAUCAAUAACUUCAACGCUAAACGGAACGUCACGGUGGCUCUUGGUUAUAUGCUCUACGGCACAUUUAUAUUCGCCUCAACCAUUGUACUCAUCAAUCUCCUUAUCGCUGUUAUGUCGAACACGUUCCAAGAGAUACAAGAUGAGCAAGAAAGCGAAUGGAAAUUCUCAAGGACAGAGCUCUGGCUUACUUUUAUCGAAUCUGGUUGCUGCGUUCCACCACCUUUCAACAUUUUACCAAAAUUUGAUGAUUUUUACUAUUUCUUUCGUUAUCUUUGGCAAAAGUACUCCGGAAAAUGUCCAUGUAUGAAGAAAGAAAAAAGUUCUUCUAAACAAAACUUGGAAUCGGAUGAAGAGAGAGGUUCAGAUGAACUCAAUGAGAAAGAGAGAACUAAUGUUAUUUCUAAAAUAAUUAGACGCUUUGUAUUGCAAUCGUCGAAAGAAAAGCUUGAAGAUAACGAAGGUGGGUCUGAUGACGUUAUCAAGCGACUGAUUGACAACUUGGCAUCGAAACUAUACAAGAAGCUCGACACGAUUAAAGAAAAAGUUUCCGUUGUGGAACAGAGCGUAACAAAUGUUCAUUCAGAAGAGGACAAAAUUCUGAAGACACAGAGUCAACAAUUGACUUUGGUCAAUACACAGAUUACGCUGUCUGAAAAGAUGCUGUCGAAAAUACAAGUUCUUGCCGACGAUACGAAAACAACCAUAGAAAAAUCCAUGAAAGAUUUGGAAGAAACUAUUUCUCAAGCAGAAGCUAGAUAUAUGCUUAUGGAAGAGGAGAAAGAAAAAAAGAGGCAAGAAGGUAUGGAAGAACCUGAAGAAUCCGGUGAAGAUGCUGACUCUCGUCUCUGAUACUUCCAUAAUACUGAUAAAUUUGUCAUGCUCCAGUAUGAGUUCAAGUCACUGGCUGGAACCAGUAAAAUGUUAACUCAUGCAAAGCAUAAAUAUAUAUACGUAUAUUAUAUAUUUUUAAAGAUGAACUCAUGUGUAAUUUUCGGACUAUGUGAUCACCUUGUGUGUUGUUAACACGAUUUAAGCCUGGUAUAACCUGUUCUCUUUAUGUGAUAUUCCUGCCAGCAACUCAUUAAAGACGAAAAUACAAAAAAAAAAAAAAAAAAAGAAAAA